AUGGCUUUUGCCAGACCAAGCAAUUCCAACCUCGACAACAAUGCCAGACCAACCAUACAACUGGCCAUCAAAGGCUGGACCACAAGCAAGCUGGCAUCUACCAAGGACCAGGGCCUGGAAUCACUACUUGGAUUCCUGGAAAAAAGGUCCAGUCGCCCCAUACUAUCGUCUCGAAUGGCAGGACGAACCGUCCUCCUCAUCACCAUCUACGAAAAUGACAAAGAUCGAUUCUAUCACCUGAACGGAUUCACAUGGGCCGGGGCAGUCCUGGUCGUGGAAGACUCCAGACCUCCGAGAAAUCAAUCUCAAAAUCAACCUCACCAACAUCCGAACCAGCAUUUUAACCAGUCCCUUGAAUCCCGAACUUCUCAGCCAUCUAGAUAUCAUUUUCAGAACGGCUCAUCACAUCCUCCUAAUGCACCUCGCGGUCAAGGCCACGGUGCACGGGACCACCGCGGUGGAAAUAGUACUGUGACAUCCGAAAUCGAAAAUGUUAUCAUAUCGGUCAUUCGCAAACGCUAUCAUGCCGGCGACAAACAUCUCAUCCUCAACACUCUGGUAGCCGAUCCCGAGAUUCUAAGUUCAGGCCUGUCAGAUCAGGACGCCGGCAAAGUUUACAAGGCUAUUUUUGCCAUCUGUGAGAACAAGAUCUGGGAGACGGAAUCUAAACGGACCGAAUCUGUCGUCAGUGUUAGUUUACGCGACAACGGCAUCAAAACGGUACAGGAUAUUAUAUCACUCGCCAGCGUUUUCCCACAUCUCCACAAUCUCGACCUUGCAAACAACAAUCUCGAAGAUAUGGGUGCCUUGAAAUUUUGGAAGAACCAGUUCCGAGAGCUACAACAUCUCAUCCUCACGGGCAAUCCUGUCGCCGCAAAACCAGACACCCUCAGCACGUUACUCAAGUGGUAUCCCAAACUGAAAAUGUACAACAACGAACCGGUCACCAACACCAACAUCAAUCUUCAACAAGUCCCUCCGCUACCACCGGCAUCACUCACACCUCAACCUCAACCUCAACCUCCACAAGCCGAACCCACAAGACUACACCCGGAAUUCCCACCGGGUUCCUCGUUCGGCCUACCACAGGCGGACAAGCCGGCCGAGGUCUUGCUCCGCGAGCAAAUGGGUCUGCAAUUCAGCUUUGAAACGAAACUCAAAAUGCAGUGGGUAGAGAACUGCCUGUCAGCGAACAACUGGGACUAUGCAACAGCGUUGGCGAAUUUCAACAACUUGCAGAACCAAGGCCAGAUUCCACCCGACGCAUACAUCGAGGGAGUUUAG